AUGUCUGUCUACAAAACGGCGGUGGCGGUUUUGGUGACCAUAGUGAUGAUAGUCAUGACACGUCCUGCGAUCCAGGACAAUUUUUCUGUGACGAAUAUGUUGCGCGACAAGAUACUGAUGGUGCAUUGUCGAUCCAAAGACGACGAUCUAGACGCCCACGCGGUGGCCGUCGACGACAGCAUCGGGUGGAGUUUCGGGCCGAGUUUUUCCGGGGAGACGCUUUUCUGGUGCAGACUUGCCGUCGAAGAUAAGCGUCUUACUUUCACGGCAUACAAUGAAAGCGAGAGAAACAUAAGGUUGUGGUAUGUUCGUGACGAUGGGGUUUAUGGGUGGAACAAGCAAAACCCUAAGGUUGCAUGGAAAAGUGUUUGGCCGCGCCACUGA